ACUUAGCCUUAAACCGAGUUCCCCUCCAGCCCUGAGCCGGGAGCAGCUCUCAAUCCUGGGUGAGGCACCGAGCACUUGAGCUAUUUCAGCCACAUGCAAAGCAUCGGAAUUGAGAUCACUGCUCAGAGGACACUGGACAUCCCUUUCACCUUCUGAGGAGCCGUGCAUUCUUGCACCUGGCUGCCUGGGACUUUCCUUUGGCAGUAAACAAAUACACAAAGCAGGGAUAAGACCGCGUGAAUAUGUCGAAACAGCCCGUUUCUAAUGUCAGAGCCAUCCAGGCAAAUAUCAAUAUCCCAAUGGGAGCCUUCCGGCCAGGAGCUGGGCAACCUCCGAGAAGAAAAGAAUGUACUCCCGAAACGGAGGAGGGUGUUCCUCCUACCUCGGAUGAGGAGAAGAAGCCAAUUCCAGGAGCAAAGAAACUUCCAGGACCUGCGGUCAACCUAUCGGAGAUCCAGAAUAUUAAAAGUGAACUGAAAUACGUCCCCAAAGCUGAACAGUAGUUGGAAGAAAAAAGGCUUGAUGUGAAGAAUUGAAGAGAAUGGAUUCAAAUGAAAAUAGCUCACUAAAAAUUUUAUAUAUUUGUAUGAUGAUUAUGAACCUCCUGAAUGCCUGAGACUCUAGCAGAAAUGUCCUGUUUGUACAUUUAUAUCUCUUCCUUCUAGUUGGCUGCACUUCUUACUUUAGUUUAUCCUCAUGUUUGGCACCUUGCAGAGCAAAUAAACUCAAGAAUUCACCACUUGGAAGGUGCGGUUUUGAGGAGGGAUAUGAUUUUAUGGAGAGGGAUAUGGUGAUAUGCAUAACAGUGAUUUUGAAAUUUGGAAAUUCUCUAAGCUACUUCCCAUACUAUUUUGGUCAAUAUUUGGAAUGUAUUUUAGUUCUUCACCUUCUACAUUAUGUCAAUAAACUUUUUAUGAGUUCAAAUAAAUAUGUGAGUAAAUAUAAAAUAUGAA